AUGUCUAGUAAAUCUAUAUAACAUAUAUCCAUUGCUUAGAAUAAAAUUAGUGGUGAUUAAAUAGAACUUAUAUGUAAUUCAUUAAGAAAUAACAAGAUUAUUCUCUCUUUAGACCUUAGAUGGAACAAAAUAGGUACCAAAGGUGCCCAAAUGUUAAAAAAUGCUCUUAUUAAUAAUUAAACUUUACUAUACAUUGAUUUAGGAGGAAAUAAUAUUAAUGAAGAAACGCAAGAAGCAAUAGAAAAAAUCGUAUAAGAAAAUCUCAGAAGAAACCCCAUUCCUAGAGAUAGAAUAUUUGCAUUGGCUUCUUAAUAAUAAUCAAAUAUAUAAAAUGGAAAUUCUUAAUUUUAAUAAUAAUCUUAGUUAAAUUAUUAAAUUCCUAAUUAAGAAAGAGAAACAGUACCUAUGUUAAGUCAUUUAGAGAAUGUUUUAGAAAAAGAAAGGGCCCAUACAAUUUAAAUAAAAUAAAGACUAGAAGCUGAAUUAGAAGAGUUAUAGAGAAAAGAUAGAAACGAUUUAAGAACUAUUUAAGAAUUUGAAAAUAAAUGUGCAGAUUUAAAUAAUUAAAACCGAAUGCUUAAAUUUGAUAUUGAAAGACUUAGAGAGGAAUUUAUUAUUAUAGAAAAAAAUAAUAUUGAAUACAUUAAAACACAUGAAGAAAGACUAAGAAGUAAUGAUUUUUUAAUUCAUGAAAUGUAAAAAAAGCAUGCCAAUAAUUUAGAUAAAAUUAUUCAGGAAAACAAUUUUAGGAUAAGAGAAUUAGUUAGAGAUUGGGAAGGUAGAUGUAAAUAAUUAGAAGAAAGAGUAAGAAUAGUAGAAAGUGAAGGAUAGGAAUUGGAAUUAGAAUUAAAACGUGUUUAGGAGAAAAAAUUAGAUUUAUAAGUAAAACAUGAUGAAGAAUUGAUUGAUUUAGCCUAAAGAGUUGAGGAAAAUGAAAAUAAUAAAUAUAUAUCAAAUCUAAAUACAUUAGAAUCUAAAAUAAAAGCUAUUGAAAAUGGUAAAGAUUAUUAAAUUAAAAGAAAUUAAGAACUUGCUAAAGAAUAUGAAGAAAGAGAUAUUAAAGCAUCUGUAGAAUUAAGAGCUUUACAGGAAGAAUUAUAAGAUUUAAAAGGACAAAAUUAAGAAUUUAACUAAAAGAAUAAUGAAUUUAAAAUUUUAGCAGAAAAACUUAAGAAUGAUUUAGAAUUAAAGACACUAUUAUUGAAAAAAUUUAAAAAGAAAUUAAUCUACUUAAUGAAAAAAAAUAUUUUUUAAUAUUGA